GAAACUUUCUUGCGUUUUUAAAUUCAAGUUUUUCUAGUUUUCUAGCUUUAGAUGUGACAGAUGAAAUGCAUGAAUUAUGUGUAGUGAACGUUAUAAAAUUAAAUGUUAAAGAUUGAGUGAAAUGCUAUUGAUGCGACGGUAAUUCUAAACAAAAUAAACGAUGGUGCCUCAGCAGCAAAGGCGAAGGCGUCGACGGGCAGUUUUGUCGCGAAAUGCUGAAAAAAGGGUGGUUGUUGCGAGAGGCGCUGGUGGCUUUGGUUUUACGAUAGCAGGACAGCGGCCGUGUGUAGUUUCAGCGGUUGCGACGAGUGGUCCCGCUGAAAGAGCGGGUUUGCGAACUGGUGAUGCGUUGAUAGCCGUGGAUGGGACGAGUGUCGCUCGGUCGCCUCACGCGUCCGUGGCUCGUAUGAUAGCGGCCGCUGACGGGCCGAUAGCUCUGACUGUGGCUCCAAGGGAAUCACCUCCAACCGAUACUGAGGACACAGAGCCUGAAGAACGUGCAAGAACACGCAGGCGGUACCCUCCUCCCCGCCGGAGGCCACAGCCUGCAGUGUUGCAUCACCCAGGUUGUCAUGCAGCACCCAGUACAUCUGGAAUCACGGAAAUUUUGCAAAACUUGAGUCGCGCUCAACUGGCGCCCAACCAAGCCGCGCGUCUAGAAUGUCGAGCAGUUGUUGGAUACUUAGGGACGAUAGAGACCCCGCAAGCCGCCGCCAGUGGUGCGCCUGAAAACGUACGAAAUGCUGUAAGAAAGCUUCGACAAGAGAGAAGAGCAGCUACACCCGUGCUCCUAUCAGUUCUUCCUAACGCCCUUUUACUCCGACGUCCUUCAGGACAAGUUCUUGCCCAGUAUCAGCGAGAGAGAAUAGUUUACGCCGGUUGUGGUUCUGACGCCGAUAGACGAUUCUUCGGUCUAGUGACAUCUGCAGAAAUAACAGACUUGGAAGCUGAAGCAUCGCACUCCAGUCACGUGUUUGUGGUCGAUCCAAGAGUGGCGGAACAUGAGGCCCACCUCAGUAGAGCGCGGGAAUUUCAAAUUGCCUGUACAAGAGAUCCAGUUGCAGAAAGAUGUUUAGAGUUUCCACCGUCUGCUGAAUAUGUAGUUGGCGUGAUACGAGGAAUGUAUUCUCUUCCACCUGACGAUUGUUCAAGUCCUGCAUUACAACAGAUAUCAAAAUUAGCAGUGAAAGGUGACAGCCCAGCUUUAGGAAAUUUCUCUAGAGGCAAUCGACCCGUGUUUAGACCGUUGCGCGAAAGAAGACCGUGUAGACAUGAAGAAGUAAGAAUGGAACCGGAAUUUGUAGCUAAUUCUCCGCAGCCAAGUAAUCAUAGCGAAAUAACAACCACAUCAAGUAACAGUGACUCUGGUAUCGGGUUCCACAAUGAUUGUAGGAACAUUGCAGAUAGAAUUCUGGUGGUCGAUUUCGCCAACCAACCAGCGCCUGGACGGUUUCGGCAGGAUAUGCCCAGAAGGCCUCUUGGUUUAGUCGGUUGUAGCAGCUUCGACGCUGACGGAUCAUUUCUUUCAAACACCACACCUGUAGUGGAUGGAUUUAAUGGUCAGGGCAGACCAUUGAAUUUGGACGAUGUUAUCUUGAACGCGAAUGAUCUCGCGCGACACGUCAGUCCGCGCAAUGAAGACGAUAACUAUAAUUACAACAAUAUUUACGGAAAUGUACCAUCCAGCUCUCGAUAUAAUGGUGUUGUUUACGAUCAGGUUUACACAGAGAACGAAGGGCAUUACGAGUUUAUACCGCAAAACUUGGAUAUGGAUGAAAUAGAUAGAGUAGCUGAGACGUUUAACUCUGUAGAAAUAUAUGAAGAGCAGGCGCGACAUCCUGACUACCAUUCGAACGAAUCUGUUGAGAAUGUGACGGUUAUAUCUGGUACAAGUAAAGUGAGUGUGGACUCUGUGUCGGUGUAUUCCUCAAGGAGUCAUGAAGAAGCUAGGCCAUCUAGAAGGAAACAUUUGCAAGCGUCUUUAGAUGAUAUGCUGGUUCUUGGUAUGCGCGAUCCUCAACCCGCUGAGGAUAAGGAUGAAGGGAAGUUCUUACACCCUGCAAAUGUAAAGUGUAAGGUGCGCAAAUCGCUCAAGCCGCUGAACAUAAUAUCGAAAACGAAGCACAUACUGACAGGCAAGAGUGAAAAGUCAAAAGACGGUAGACGGCGGUCUCUUAGCGCGGGCGCGGAUGUGUCGCAGCCUGAUGACGCACUACCGGCUGCUGCCAGCGAGCCUGACUUGAGAGAUACGCAGAGUGAGCAGUCGUCACCGUUCCGCCGCUGGACCACGGGCAGCGGCGCGGGCAGCUCCUACAGGCACCACGAACAUCGCAAUAUUUAUAAUAAGCAAAUGAGCGAAGGUUCGAGCCCGGGCGGGGUAAAGGGCGGCGGCGGGGGCGUGGCCCGUUGGUCUCUGGGGCUCGAGCACUUGCUGGCCGACCGCGCGGGCGCCGCGGCAUUCGCGCACUUCCUCGAUAAGGAGUUCGCCGCUGAGAAUAUAAGAUUCUGGUGGUCGUGCGAGCAGUACCGCACGUGCUCAGAGAGUGGGAGCGAGAGCGAAGAUGUCCGCAUCCAACUAGCCAAUGAGAUUUGGCAACGUCACCUAGCGGAUAAAGCGCAGGAGCCAAUCAACGUGGACGCCGCUGCUAAACGGUCCACGGCGUUGCGGCUCACUCAGAGGCCAUUGCCGGCUGAUUUGUUUGCUCAGGCCCAGAAGCAGAUAUUCAACGUGAUGAAGUUCGACAGCUAUCCGCGCUUCCUGCGCUCGGGCGUGCACGCGGAGUGCGCGCGCGCAGACCUGCGCGGCCUGCCCUGCCCGUACGACCAGGCGCCCAAGCUAAAGAAGUCAUCUUCGAACGCGUCAGAGAGACGUCGCUCGGCCGGCCUGCUGCCGUGGAGACGAAAUGCAUCUAGAGAUCGGGCUGAUGAAGAGCAGCCGGUUACUGAUGUUGUAACAGCGAGUCAAACGACCGGCUGUUCCUUAUGCCGGGUGGUGUUACCGGGCGGAGCCACUACAGUGGUGGGAGUGGAUAACAACCUGACUGUCAGGCGACUGGUCGAUAGACUGCUGCAGAAGAGGAAUCUCUUGUGCACCGCGUACGAUGUUCUGCUUGAAGAGCAGGGCACGACGCGCGUGGUGGAGGCGGAGGCGGCGUCUAGCGUGCUGGGCGGCAAGUGCGCCGUGGUGGAGCGGCGCUGCGUCGUGCGCGUGCAGGUCGGCGCGCGCGGCGUGCUCGUGCGCUGCCGGCCCGCGCGCCGCCUGCGCCACGUGCUGCGGCCGCUGCUGGCGCGCUACCCGCCGCCCGCCGCGCCGCGCCGCGCGCCGCCCCGCGCGCGCCCGCUGCCGCCCGACACGCUGCUGCAGGUGAGUGUGUGCCGUGCGCUGCCGGCCCGCGCGCCGCCUGCGCCACGUGCUGCGGCCGCUGCUGGCGCGCUACCCGCCGCCCGCCGCGCCGCGCCGCGCGCCGCCCCGCGCGCGCCCGCUGCCGCCCGACACGCUGCUGCAGUGUGUGCCGUGCGCUGCCGGCCCGCGCGCCGCCUGCGCCACGUGCUGCGGCCGCUGCUGGCGCGCUACCCGCCGCCCCCCGCGCCGCGCCGCGCGCCGCCCCGCGCGCGCCCGCUGCCGCCCGACACGCUGCUGCAGGACUUAGAUGGCGCGCGACUCCAGAUCGUUGAAGUAGGCGAAGGGGACUGGCAGGCCAUACUUGUCAGCGAGCCGCGAGGGGAGGGCAGUGAGGGGGAGGGGGGUGAAGUGGUGGGGGGAGAGAGGGUGGGGGAGGGGGAGGGGGAGGAUAGCGGGGAGGGGGACGCAGACUCGCUGGCCGACCUGGCGUUGCGGCACGAUGAGGACACCUUGAGCAUAGACCGAAACUCGGGCAGUUCGGGCGGUUUCCCCGACAACAUAUCGAACAGGAGCAGCGGGCCCCCCUCAGGGCCCCAGGGACCUCAAUCGCAGGGCCCCGCGAACAGAGUGCGCGCUACGUUACGGCCAGGGCCUCCGUUACAUCAUCACCCACCUGAUUUUUUAGAAAACCUGCGCGAAACGCAACGUCAGCGGCUCCAACCGCGCACACCGCCGCCCCUACCGCCCAAACCGACACACCGACCCGCGCCCACACUUGUGUGAACUUACCGCUAGUUGUGAGGCCAGAGACAAGAUAGAACAUUGUGGCACACAUGUGACCAUAGAUAAACAAAAGUUUUACCAACAGUUUUACACCAGUGGCUUCAACUGACGCACUGUGUGAACUUGCCGCUAGUUGUGUGGCCAGAGACAAGAUAAGAACAUUGUGGCACGUGUGUGACCAUAGAUAAACACAAGUUUUACGAACAGUUUUACAACGCCAGCAGCUCCAACUGACGCACUGUGUGAACAUACUAGUUGUGUGGCCAGAGACAAGAUAGAACAUUGUGGCACGUGUGUGACCAUAGAUAAACACAAGUUUUACGAACAGUUUUACAACGCCAGCAGCUCCAACUGACGCACUGUGUGAACGUACCGCUAGUUGUGUGGCCAGAGACAAGAUAGAACAUUGUGGCACGUUUGUGACCAUAGACAACAUUCUAAUAAUGUCACGUGAAAUUGUGCUACUUUGUUCCAUAGAGCAUGGACAAAUUGUAGAAGUUGGGAAAUGGAAUCGUUUACAUUAGACAAGGAUGCCCUAUGGAAAUUAACGCAUUUGAAUGAAAUGAUGUCUUCGAGUAAAUGUGUGACGUAUUUCUUGUUCAUUAAAAUGUGUUGUAAUUAAAAUAAAGUUUGGACUUGGACUUGUGAAUAAUCAUAUAUCGAUGCGUUAUUUGCAACAGCGACAUCUAGUAACAUAUUUUGGAAUUACAAACGUUAAACGCGCUGUUAUCGAUGAGUUCCAAAAUCGUACGAAUGAAAAAUAUAUUUUAGAAGACAUAAAAAUUUUGAUAAUUUUAUUAAAACGAUGUAAAUAUAUUGUGUAGACGUAAAAUAUAAAGUUGUGUUAGAUUUAAGAUAUUGUAUGAUAAUUUAAUGUUUGAGAAGAGAUUGUUUAUGUCCAUUCCAAAUGAUUUGAGUGGUGUACCAAUGUGAUACGUAUUAUAUACGUAUAAAGAGAAUAUUAUUGAGAAAAAUAUUUAUAUUGAAGGAAACUAAGUAGAUUU